CUUGUAUUUCUGGUUGUAUCAAUCAUGAAUAAUAAUACAGUAGAGGGUCUCCCAGAACCAGUCAGACCACUUGCAGCUGACUGCACAAGCAGAACGCUGCAAUAUGUAAAUCACCACAAGCCGUAAACUGCUUGUUGGGGGCUGUUUUAACUUAUCUACCAUCCAGUAGUUAGCAGUUAGUCAUCAAAGCGCCUUGGAGCAACGACGUGGGCGCCGACGAGUUCUCAAAGGUCUUUAAAGAGCAGUCAGCUGACACAACUUUGGGCAGCUUUCAAAGCCCUCUUGCUUCGUCUGCGGCCAUUGCGCAUGCGCGCUCCCCAACUCUUUAAAUACCCCCAAGUCAUCUGUGGCCGCAGCAAAACAUUCCGCCGUCCGCCGAUUCGACACGAUCAGGCGUGGAGGACGAAAGGCGGCCAUUGACAUAGUUCGAAAAAAACUGUGUUUAUUUCUCACUAAGUCCUAUUCUGACACGGAGUCGUAAAAGGGUGAAAACUCCGAGAGACAGAGAGAGGGGAAACGGACAGGGAGAAAAACAAAGAUGGCUGUGUGAGCCCGAGAGACGAGCCAACAACAACAACAACAAGCGUCCGCGGACCGGGAAAGACAUUUCGGGCCGCCGGAGCGGACACGCCGGACCUUGGGGUAGCCGAACCGAGCCGUUUGAUGGGAGAGAGCUCCCCCCGCCCUCCUUGAAAACAGCUGAGUUGUUUUUGUUCUGGCUGCCCACCCCCCCUACCGGAGCGCCGUGCUCCGGGCUCGGUGUCAACUAACUAGCCGCACCGUAAGUCCUCCCCAGUGGGUGACAUUUUGUCUUCACCUCGGUUGUGACUUGCAUAAGACCUUGAAAAUUACCCCUAAAAAUAACAAGUGCGCUAGCAUUACGCCGUAGCGUGAGGCCGGGUGUUAGCAGCCGACUAGCGAGCUAGCUGUCAAUUAGCCUCGAAGCUAGCCCACCACCUAAGAUAGAAGCAAUCUGUGGUGGAGGGGGGGAAGUACGUAGCAAGUUCUCGAACAAUUCGAAUGUCUGCCAUGGAAGACGAUGACUUGAUGUCCGCGCCCGGUGGCUCGUCGGCAGCAGUGGUGGCGGGGGCGGCCGAGGUGGCUGUGGCCGGGGCCGGGCUCGUCGGGCAGGAGGAGGUCGGAAUACGGCCCGAGGCGGACUCGGACGAGCCGCCCAAGAAGAAGACCAAAGUGCCCGAGGCGGAGUCCGGCAAACUGGAGGAGAGACUGUACUCUGUGCUCUGCUGCACCGUGUGCCUAGACUUGCCCAAGGCGUCUGUGUAUCAGUGUACCAACGGUCACCUGAUGUGCGCGGGCUGCUUCAUUCACCUGCUGGCUGACUCUCGCCUCAAGGAGGAGCAGGCCACGUGUCCCAACUGCAGGUGCGAGAUCAGCAAGAACCUGUGCUGCAGGAACCUGGCGGUGGAGAAGGCGGUCAGCGAGCUGCCCACAGAGUGCACGUUCUGCCUUAAACAGUUCCCCAGGUCCAGCCUGGAGAGACACCAGAAGGACGAGUGCCAGGACAGGGUGACGGUGUGCAAAUACAAGCGCAUCGGGUGCCCUUGGCAGGGGCCCUUCCACGAGAUGCCGGCCCACGAGGGCGAGUGCUCGCAUCCCACCAAGACGGGCACAGAGCUGAUGGGCAUCCUGGGCGAGAUGGACCAGAGCCACCGCAGGGACAUGCAGCUCUACAACAGCAUCUUCAGCCUCCUCUGCUACGAGAAGAUCGGCUUCACCGAGGUGCAGUUCAGGCCGUACCGCACCGACGACUUCAUCACGCGGUUGUACUACGAGACGCCGCGCUUCACCGUGCUCAACCAGACGUGGGUGCUGAAGGCGCGCGUCAACGACUCGGAGCGCAACCCCAACUUGUCAUGCAAGCGCACGCUCUCCUUCCAGCUCAUCCUCAAGAGCAAGGUGAACUCAGCGCUGGAGUGCUCCUUCCUGCUGCUGAAGGGCCCGUACGACGACGUGCGCAUCAAGCCAGUCAUCCAUCACUACGCCUUCAGCAACGACGACAGCGAGACCGACUACGUGCUGCUGCCCAUCUGCGACUCUGUUGAGUGCAACAAACUGCUCGCCGCCAAAAACAUCAACCUGCGCCUCUUCAUAUUCCAGGUCCAAAAGUAACGACACCCGACGACAACCACCACGACGAGGAGCGACAAGAGAAGACGGGACAGACAGACGCCACUCAACCACUGAUACCUCUUAACACGCACGCACGCCCACCCAAAACACACAAACACACACACUACUAAUCCAUUUACCUCCUACAACACGAGUGAGGAGACCCCCUUUGGAAACUCAAUUGACUUGGGGGGGGGGGGGUUGUGGUCCUGAGGUGGUCAGUGUGUAGCAGUUGGACACCCCGCACACCCGAGAGCCAAAAGUAGCACACAUGCGCACUACAGCAAUCAUGCGCGCCCGCGCGCGCAUGUGUGUGUGUGCACGCGUGUUGUCUAAAUGUGAAAACGAGUGUUGACUCGACUGAGCUGUGACGUGUGAUUGGGUGCGUGCUUGCGUGAUUCCCUAUUUUAUUUAUAUUUAACCAUACUGUUCAACACUUAAAAAUAAUAAUGUAUUCAUUGCUUUUGAGGCCUCCCAUAUUUUGUGUGUUCGUGUGUGUGUGUGUGACAAUAACCUUUUAAGUUUCUCCAGAUAAACAAGCCAUUUUUCUCACCACAAGUUAAAUCAUUGAAAUACUCUGGAAAAAAAAUUUGGUGUGAAAAUAUCUAGUCCAUUUAUAAUUUUUGUUUGAGUGUAUUAAAAAAAAAAAAUCUCACCUGCCUCUUUUCAAAUUUCAGUUUCGGCCAUAUUUUCACACAAUGUCGUAAAACACUUUAAAAAAAAGACCCUACUUAUUAUUAUUUUUUUUUUUGCCAAAUUAAUCAUGUUUGCAAAAUGUCUUUAGGUUAGACACAUUUUAAAUUCAAUUCUGAUCAAAAUAGUGGCAUGCCAGCAUCUUUUUUAAAAGCAUUGACAACAUUUUGGAGGGUAAAGAACCAAAUGUCACCAAAAAAACAUGACCUGUAUUCAAGAAUUCUGCUACGACCACCAAAGCUUUCCCAUCUGUAAAUUUUUCUUCUGCCACUAUCAAAUUUAUCCAUCUAUCCAUUAUCGAAGCCGGUUGAAAUGCCUCUAAAAAUAGCUUAACAUGUUUUUUUUGUUUUUUUUACAAAUUAUUUGUAACAUUUUAUUGGUGAGUAAUGCAUGAAAAUAAAAGGCAGCUUUCUCACCUGUGUUCCAAAACGGAUCCCUUUUUUUCUUGCCAUCAGUUUCAAAUAUUUCAAAUGUUUUAAAAAAGAAAAUUGUUCAUCUGGUACAUUAUUAGGGGUCACUAGUGCCAUUAAAGAAAACAUCAAAAUGGUUAAAAAAUUUUUCUUCUGAUCGUCAAUUCAAAAAUAGUUGAUCUUAAAAACAUGUUUCAAGUAUUUUGUUUGCAUUUUUCUCGGGGUAGAAGUAUUUCAUUCUGUUAGCAAGUUAUUUGGCUUUCUUCCUGUUUGAUAUUUUUCUUCACCCGUUUUCUCACAAGCAAUUUGCUUAAUAAUAGUGGCAUGUCGAAAAGGAUUUUGUGCAUCUGCUACAUUUUUUUCCACUGUAAAGUGUGUUUAUUAAAAAAAAAAAAAAAAGGUUAAAAAAAUGUAUGUUUUCACAACCCGAGUGUGUGUGCAUGUGUUUGUGUGUGACUGAAGGGAUGUUGCGGGGGUCCUCCACCUAAAAGCCAUUAUCCCACUGAGCAGCGAACAAUUCCGAGUGUUUUUGAAAGCGGUGAAUGUUGCGUUCACGUCAGCGUUUAUUUCAAUGUUCCAAUUGUUCGCCAGAGACAUUUCCAACCUUGUGGAAAGAAAAAAAAAAACUGACGUGAAUGUGCAUUUGUCUACCUUCGCCAACAGUAGGAAAUGUGCCCCGCUCAGUUGGAUAGGGGCUAAAAGUACAUUGGACUUUCAUGAAGGAGCAGAUGUUAUGUGAAUAGAAUCUACUGUAAAGCAGAUUGAAGAUGUCUCCUGAACUCUGCUGUAUUUUUGGGGGGUGUUUUCAUAAAGACAAAAAAAAAAAAAAAAGGCUGUGGACUUGCUCAUCUCACUCUGGCUGUACAUGUGCCUUUUAUUAUUAUGAUUAAUAUUAAAGCUCAUCAACCUG